CAGAGAGAGGAGCGGAGAGUGUGUUCAGUGUGCGGAGGAGGGAACGGGACCGCGGCUGCCGUCCGUUGUGUCGCUGUCAGGGAGCUUCGAGCGAUCCGGAGCAGAGCAGAGGAGGGGAGGGGAGGGUCCGGGUCUUGGCCUCUAAAAUCCAACAGCAUUUGAAUCACAAUCGAGGUGAAAGAGGGCUCGGCUGUGCUGCGGGGAGCUGCGGGGCGCUGCGGGGGAUGUGCGCACACAAUGGGAGACGACGCGCUGGCACCGUCCGGGACGCAGCGGUGGGGAAACACUCACGGCUCGGUUGGUCUGUAAUGCAGACGAGGAUACCGGAGCAGGAUCCAGAGCUGGCGGCGGGACCCACGGCGGAGGACUCCCGGUGGUAAGGACUUCUCUGCCCGGGCAGAAAGUGUUUGUACACGCCGGGGAUCGCCGGGCAGUUAGUAGCCGGUUAAAAUUCGCUGGGAUGAACACGGAAUGUAUUUCCUGCGUUAAAGUCCGCGCUGUUUGCACAUCUGGAUGAGGGGAGAGUCGGUUAUUGCCCCGUAGCGUUUUGUUUCUGGUGCAGUUGAACCCGUUUGUGGAGAAACAUAUUUACAUUUAAACCCGUUUAAAGCAGAAACCCUCUGUUAAUGUAAAUACUGUAGCAGCACUGGAGCAUCAGUUCUGUGGGUUUCUAACAGCCUGGAUCCGUUUUGGGUGCAGCUGAAGAGGAGCAGUGUUCAUCAGGGAUGUACCUUCUGGACAGCAACUGCACUGAAAGGAUGGAGAGGGGCACACCUCAGAGGAAAACCGUGUACCGGAUCUCCCUCACCUUGGUGAAGAGGGAGAGUCUGGACGAUGAGGACGGCGGGCCGGGCCCCCGACGGGCAGAGAACCCCAAGGUGAGCGCCUUCCGGAGGGAGGGCUCGACGGAGGUCCAGCGCGGCAGCCUGCUGGAGCAGCUGAAGGAGGUGGAGGACGAGUCGGACGAGUUCUCGUCAGCGCACGGCUACAUGAGGAACUUCAGGACGUUCAGCACGGGCCAACUGGAGCUGGGGAGGCUGAAGAUCUCCAGGAAACACCUCCUCCAGAAAGAGCUGAAGGAAAAGGCCACGAGCCCGGUGGCGGAGCUCGGCAGAGAGGACUCUCAGGGGCAGGAAGUGGUGGAUUCAGGGAGGCUUACAGAGGAUUUGUGCACUGAACCUCCACAAACAGACGGCGCCAUGGAGAACGGCAGGAAGAAGAAGAGACUCCUGAAAGCCAAGAGCAUGGAGGAGAGGAGCCCCGACCUGAACGGCGAUGGGAAAAUGUCUCACUCUAAAAGCAACGGCAAAGCAGCCAAAGCCUCCUCCCCUGAGACGCCUCCUCUGAAGCGCCCCCCCGGCCUCCUGCGCCGCAGCUUCAGCUUCAGGCACUGGAGCGGCGGCGAGCUGCUGCGUCUGCGCGCGCUCUCCAAAGACAAACACCACAGCAGCUCCGGCUGCAUCGGCCGUGACGCUGCCCCAGACGGCUGCGAGAAGGACCCUGAGGCUCCGGCGGUCACUCCCCCGGUCCCCCGCCUCGCCCUCGACCCCACCCGGCAGAAGAGCAGGACCCUGGAGGUCGGCGCCGUCCUCAACAAGACGGACUCCAUGUCUGAGCUGAGCCGCUGGGAGCGAGUGCGGGGCAACAAGAACCGCACGCUGGACAACAGCGACCUGCUGCGGCUGGCCGCUGAGAAGGACGGGUCGGGAGGGGGCUUCCUGCUGAGGGGAGGGGGAGGCCGCUCCAGCGAGAGGCGUCUGGUCCGCUUCUUCAGCGGGAUCUUCUCCAGGAGGGACGGGGGGUCCACCUCCAGCCCGGUGGGGAGCCCCGGCACCGAGCGAUCCCUGCAGUGGAGCAAGAGACGGGUUCUGUCCCAGUCCAGCACUGAGAGCAUGAACGGAGGAAGCACUGAAGAUGCGUUUGUGAACAGUCAGGAGUGGACACUGAGUCGAACGGUACCAGAACUGAAAGUGGGCAUUGUGGGUAACCUGGCCAGUGGUAAGUCAGCGCUGGUGCACAGGUACCUGACAGGAACAUACGUCCAGGAAGAGUCACCUGAAGCUGACGUGGAUGCAGGCGGUCGCUUUAAGAAGGAGAUGGUGGUGGACGGUCAGAGUCACCUGCUGCUGAUCCGAGAUGAAGGAGGCCCCCCGGAGGCCCAGUUUGCCUUGUGGGUCGACGCCGUGAUCUUCGUCUUCAGUCUGGAGGACGAGAUCAGCUUCCAGACGGUUUAUCACUACUUCAGCCGCCUCGCCAACUUCAGGAACACCGCCGACCUGCCGCUGGUCCUGGUUGGCACGCAAGAUGCCAUCAGCUCCGCCAACCCGAGAGUGAUCGACGACAGCCGAGCCAGGAAACUCUCCAACGACCUCAAACGCUGCACCUACUACGAGACCUGCGCCACCUACGGCCUCAACGUGGAGCGAGUCUUCCAGGACGUCGCCCAGAAGAUCGUGGCCACCAGGAAGAAGCAGCAGCUGUCCAUCGGCCCGUGCAAGUCACUCCCAAACUCACCGAGUCACUCGUCUGUUUGCGCCACGCAAGUGUCAGCCGUCCACAUCAGCCAGACGAGUAACGGCGGCGGCAGUUUAAGCGACUACUCGUCGUCGGUACCGUCCACGCCCAGCACCAGCCAGAAGGAGCUCCGCAUCGACGUCCCGCAGACCACCAACACACCGACGCCCGUCCGGAAGCAAUCCAAACGCCGCUCCAACCUCUUCACUUCGAGGAAGGCGAACGAGACGGACAAGGACAAGAAAGGCCUGGAGGCUCGAGCCGACAGCAUCGGCAGCGGGCGAGCCAUCCCCAUCAAACAGGGCAUGCUGCUGAAGAGGAGCGGUAAAUCCCUCAACAAGGAGUGGAAGAAGAAGUACGUGACGCUGUGUGACAACGGACUGCUCACCUACCACCCCAGCCUGCAUGACUACAUGCAGAACGUCCACGGUAAGGAGAUCGACCUCCUGAGGACCACAGUGAAGGUGCCGGGGAAGAGGCCUCCUCGUGCCGUGUCCACCUGCGCCGCCGUGCCGAGUCCCAAAACCAACGGCCUGACGAAGGACAUGAGCAGCCUGCAGCUCGGACAGACUCCAGGUUCGGUGACCAGCAGCUCGUCGGUCUCUCAGAUGGCGAGCGGCGUCAGCUUGGUGUCCUUUAACAGCCGUGGCCUGGAGGGGAUGCACCAGCGCUCGUACUCCGUCUCCAGCGCCGACCAGUGGACCGACGCCACAGUCAUCGCCAACUCUGGAGUCAGCACAGAUACAGGUCUGGGAGACUCGGUCUGCUCCAGUCCCAGUAUCUCCAGCACCACCAGUCCCAAGAUGGAGCCGCCGCCGUCGCCGCACGCCAACCGCAAGAAGCACCGGAGGAAGAAGAGCACCAGCAACUUCAAAGCCGACGGCCUCUCUGGUACUGCGGAAGCCAAACGUAAAGCGUGGAAACUUAAUCGUGUCGAUAGUCUUCGCAGCAUUUACGCCAACAGUCUGCACAACUCAGAAGAACAAGAGGAGAACUUUGAGUUCACCAUCGUGUCACUGACGGGGCAGACGUGGCAUUUCGAGGCGACUUCGUACGAGGAGAGAGACGCCUGGGUGCAGGUCAUUGAGAGCCAGAUCCUGGCCAGCCUGCAGUCCUGUGAGAGCAGCAAGAACAAGUCUCGUCUGACCAGCCAGACGGAGGCCAUGGCUCUGCAGACGAUCAGAAGUAUUCGAGGAAACGGUCGCUGUGCCGACUGUGAAGCACAGAACCCGGACUGGGCGAGUCUGAACCUCGGGGCCCUUAUCUGCAUCGAGUGCUCAGGCAUCCACAGGAACCUGGGCACCCACCUGUCCAGGGUUCGAUCUCUGGACCUGGACGAGUGGCCGCUGGAGCUCAUCAAGGUCAUGUCGGCCAUUGGCAACGAGCUCGCCAACAGCGUGUGGGAGGCCAACACGCAGGGACGCCUCAAACCUGGACCAGAUGCCAGCAGGGAGGAGAGAGAGCGCUGGAUCCGGGCGAAGUACGAGCAGCGUCUGUUCCUGGCGUCACUGCCUGGCAUCGACCUGUCGCUGGGCCAGCAGCUGCUGAGGUCGACGGCCGAGGAGGACCUACGCACCGUCGUCCUGCUGCUCGCCCAUGGAGCCCGACAGCAGGUCAACGAGACCUGCGGGGAAGGAGACGGACGCAACGCGCUGCACCUGGCCAGCCGCAAGGGCAACGUGGUCAUCACGCAGCUCCUCAUCUGGUACGGCGUGGAUCUGAUGGCGAGGGACGCCCACGGCAACAGCGCGAUGGCGUACGCCCGGCAGGCCAGCAGCCAGGAGUGCAUGGACACGCUGGCUCAGUACGGCUGCCCUGACGAGCGCUACCCGCUCAUGGCCACGCCCAACCUGUCACGCCGCAACACCAACCGCAACAACAGCUGCAGCAGCGCCGGGAGCGCUGCGCUCAUAUGACGAACAAAACAAACAAACCCCGAUUUGGGAGAAUCCUGACUGUUCAUUUUGGGAACCACUACCUGUGACUUUAAGCCCCGCCCACCUCACCUGACAACCGCCUGUCGUUGGCUCGUUAGGACUGAUUAGAACUGGCGGUGGCGCUGCGUCCGUGUGUCUGUCUGCGGGAACCCUCAACAGGAUAAAGGCAUGGUGGGAAAUGUGUUCUGUCGUCGCUGGCUCAUCGGAGCAUUCUGGGAAAUAGCCACAUGACUCACGACAGCCAAUGGCGGCCAGUCUGAAGCUCUAGGGACGUCAUACCUCAUCAGCUAUAAUUUAACACUACAUGAGAAGUUCCCGCUCAAACUUUAAACGCCAUCGUCUCGCCAAAAAAAAACAUAUCGUCAAAACGUAACGAAGAAAACUGUGAGACGAAGAUAUCACGAAGGAAACGAGAGGGGGAGUCUUCGUAGCAUGUCCACACACACUCGGUGCUUUACGAGGAAGCCAUUUUUGAACUGCACAUCAUCUUCAUCAUCACCUUCAGUCGAGGACUCCCUCUCUGCAGCGUCAGUGUUUCACCUCCUCUCACCUCCAUUUUAUUUUAUGAAUUCUGUGAACUCUCCCGCCUUUUACAAGUUUUUUUGGUUUUUUUUUUAUGUGAAAAAUAUCUCGAUGUAAAACUUUUAAGGUGAAAAAAAAAAAGAUAUCAGUUCUUAGAGGUAAAACAGAAGUGUGAUAGAUCGCAUGUCCUAGACACUUUUUCUAUUUUAAUUUAAAGCAUUCUUCCUGGAUUGUGUAUAUUGUAUCUAGAUGUGUAUUGCUGGACCAAUCGUUAACAAUGUCAACAUGGGGAAUGGGAUUGUUUCUCUUUGUUUUCGGGUGUAUAAAGUCAUUAAGUGUACAGAAGCUCUUGCCAGGCUCAGGGACCGGAGACUGUCGAUCAUAAACGCCCCGUCGUCUUUUCCCAGAGUCCUUAAACCUGGGUUCAGGGUUUAAGUUGCUUUCAACUCACUCAGAAUUUAAAACGUCUCGGGCUGGACGAUAAGAUGUAGAAUAUAUCUCAUGAUAUAUCGUCUUCUCUUGAUAACUGUAAGUAUAACAAUACGUAAUGUUUUUAGGGCGACAACUAAUGAUUUUCAUUAUCGAACAAUCUGUAGAUUAAUUUCUCAAUCAAUAGACACAUUUUUGUGUGAAAUUGCUCAUUUUGGCCAGACAACCGCCCAAAACUCAAAGAUAUUCAGCCUUCUAAGAGCGGGAAGUCCAGAAGAUAAAUAUAAUGAUAUAAAUAUUGAGGGCUGGAACCAAUAAAUUAAGAUAUAAAAAUAGUCGAUGCUGCUAGACAAGUUCGUUUGCAGCUUACAACUUAAAGAUUCUGGACUUCUGAGCUGAAAUCUUGGGCUAACUGGAUGGUUGGACAUCUGGCUAGAUGGUUCACUUUAACUAUAUUGCAUUCAGAUUAUUUUAAUGAUGAUAAACGGAAAUGAGUUACUUUAGGUCAGCAAAUUAUUCAUAGCAGCCCUAACUGAUUCCAUCCAGGAAGUCACAAACAAUUAAAGGGUCCAGUGUGUAACAUUUAGGAGGCUCUGUUGUCAGAAAUGUAAUAUAAUAAUCAUAAAUGUGUUUUUAUUAGUGUAUAAUCACCUGAAUAUAAGAAUUGUUGUGUGUUUGUUACCUUCAGCAGUGGGCGCCAUGUUGAGCCACCAUGAACGUUUUCUCCACCGCAGUUUCUCCCUCGCGUUUGGAAAGGGAAGGUGAAGCGAGUGUGCUGCAAUCUGUAACUACACUGCUAGAUGCCGCUAAAUCCUACACACUGGACCUUCAACGCACAGUCAACCAAUCCACGCGAAUUGUGUUACAAAACGUUUAGCCAUACGUCACCAAAUUGACUUCCUUGUUCCUGGUUGGUCUUUUUUGUGACGUCACUUGAACCAAUCCAAACGGACUUUCUCACGCAAUUUUUUAGAAGGGCUGUCAUAAAAUCAGACAAUUUAGUUUGCAACAAUCCCAAAAAGGUGGGGGCGUUCUUUGUGUGCUGUAUUUUAUGGCAGUGGAAAAGCCCAUUAUCUGAACUGACUGAAUUGUGAGCAUCUUAAACCUGAGCCUACGUCCCGGUCAAAUAACAUUUAAUUUAAAGUGUCUCUAAAGUGAAUUUUAUUGCUUUAACAUGUAAAAAAUGGAAAAGGGAAGAAAGCAGCUAACAGCCACACGGAGCGAAAAGGGAAUUGAUCUGCUUCUUCUCGUUGUUCAGGUGUUUUUGUUCUGUGAAUCUGUGAGUUCAGUUCACGCAAUCUGCUGUCAGAUCUGACAAAUCGGUGACGAUGAGAUGUUUGACUGGAGGAGACGAGCUGUUUGUUAGAAACUCUAAAUCUUAAAUUAAAGUAGUCUGUUAAGAAAACCGGAUAUGAAUAACAUGCAAGUUCAUAAUUUGAUGUUUCUGUGUAUAAAAAUGUGUCUAUAAUGUUAUCUGAAUGAGCUCACAAGUUCCCUCCAGUCCCAUCUUUUAGUCUUUCGUCCGUCCCGUCCAAUCAGACAGUCUCCCUGAUCUGCUCAGCGAAUCACUAAGAAGGGCUUUUUCCUCGUCUCUGGUCUGAAAACCUCCUUGUUGUAAAUAAUGCUCUCUUUCUCUGUCACUUUCUCUCUUUCAACGGCGACGUCGUGUAAAUUAGAGAACACAGGAAGUACUUGCUGUUCGCCGAUAUGUCAGGUUGCAAAGUGGAAGUGAUUUACGCUAACGUGUGUUUGUGUGGGGAACAAACAUCCCGGCGAACUGAAUGUCGCGGCUCAGUGUUGCGCCGAUCCGUCCAGGGCAAGAAGUUCAACUUUUGCGGGUAAGCCAGGCAUCUAAACCAGUGGUUCCCAGCCUGGAGGUGUUUGUUGAGCUGCAGUUCUAGUCUAAAGGGUCAGAAGAAGGUUUACAGGAUGAGAAUUAAUAAAAGAACAAUAAUUUACAUUAAGGGCUGUAGAAAGACCACUUAAGUCUAGUUUGAGAACAAGUCUAGACUGAGUCCAAAUGUAUACAAGAGAUGGGACAGAGUGGGAAACACUGUAGUCAAGACCACCUUUGUCGAGUUCACGGAAAUAAGCCAGGAAAAUAACCUGGACUUGGUCUAGAUAUGGGUAAAGGCGAGAGUCCUUCAAAGCUACAUGGAUGUAGGAGGUUUGAGCUUAAGGGAGUCACAAACCACAAAGGUUGGGAACUACUGGUCUAAAGAUCCACUUGUAAAGAACCAUUACACUUCGUAAGGUUAAUUUCAGGUCUCGUCACAUGUAGACAAAAAUUGUGAAAAAACUCUGGUGUCGUCGGCGUAGAUUUGACUGAGCGUUGAUUUCUUUCGGUAGCUGAAUGUGAAACAUGUCGACUGAACGCUAACUGAUCAGGAUCUUCAGAAAAGAAUCUGCUUAACGUCGACGUUUGUGCUUGAUGACUUUUACUUUCAACACUAUGCGGAGCAUCGACUGCUCGUCUCUUUGCUCUCUUUACUGUUUCAAAUCUUAAACGUUGCUGCGGAGGUUGAGGAGCAGCUCUCAACCAGACUGUGUAUCCAAGCAAUAUUCAUAAACGCAUCAAUCACUGACGUAACUUCAUACGCUGACAUUGCUGCAAUAUUCCCAUCAAACCACAAACACUCUGCCUGUUUGUAGAAAUGUAAGAAAGAGCUAAAAGAAACACAUGAACUCAAAAUUGUCCUACUUAUGCCUUUUUUCUUACAUGCCUGCCUUUUAAGUUCCUAUUGUCGUCCAACCUUGUUACUGUACGUGCCACGGCCCCGUUUCCUCUUCCUGUCAUCUGAAAGAUGGCGUUUGAUCUCCCGUAAAUACUAAAUGAAGGGGUUCGUCCGCAACUUGUGUUUUCAAAGUGUUUGAUUUUAUGUUUUUAUAUAAGAAUCGUACUGCAUCUGUCCUGAACCGGGACAGCAGGACGGGGCAAAGACGUCCUUUUAUUUAUGACAGAAAUGCACUAAAUCUGAUUCAGUCCGUCUUAACACUUUCCACUACAGCUCUUCUCUUUUCUUUUAUUGGCACAAACUGUCAUUUGCUUUUUUCUCUAAGCGGUGGCAGCUUCUGGCGGUUUCCUCUAAACUGAUUUGUGCUCUUAUUUUGAAAAGCAUCUAAAUUCUGAGCAAAUUGGGAAUUCCCAUUCAUGUGAGCAGAGAAAGCUCAGUAACAUCUGCUCGUAAAUGAUUGUAGGCACCAAAAUAGUCUGUCAAGGGGUUUGUGGUAAUGCUAACUGCUAGCGACAUGUCUUUUCAUUCUGAGACUAAAAGUUGGGAAAUGUCUUUAUUUUGGUUUACUUUAGCAGGAUAAGUUUGUUUUUAAUUGUUAAUUAGCAUUAUCCCAUUGAGUUUGUCGAUGGGAUAAUGCUAAUAGGAAACAUUGAGUCACUUUACACGCAGUUAUCUUUACCAGUAAAACUUAAACUACAGCUAGUGAUCAGUUAGCUAAAGCACAUUUGCUAAAUUCACGAGUCAUCUCGUUGCUAAUUUGUGCUCAAGGUGUUUUGAGACUUUAAGCCACUCUGAAAUCUAAAGUCUGUUUAUUUAAUCUCAUUGGAGCGGAGAAAGCUUAUUUUAACUUUUUAUAGCCGAAUAUGCUGAAUCAUCGGAAGCUAAUACAGCUAGCAGUGAACUAGCAAGCGAACUCUUGUUAUUGUAGCUUAAGUCAGUUGAGUCUUAAGUGUUUUUCCAUCUGAGAAAAAUAGAAAUUGUUCAAGGAACAGAAACAUCCUGUGAAUCUACAGCGACCGCUAGCGACCAGUUAGCAUUGUUAGCUUUGUUUUUCUUUGUUUUUGCGUUGCGGUUUCCUCUGAACUGAUUCGUGAGUUUAACAGCUUCAAAAAGGUUCGAGCCCCUCUGGAAUCCACAUUUAUCUGAUCUCGUCGCAGCAGAGAAAGCUCUGCAAUAUCUGCUUCUCACUGUUUGUGUUCACAGAAACUGCUGAGUCAUCUGUCACUGAAGCUAACUGCAGCUAGCGCCGGACACGUGAACCCGUUCCUCAACGCGAAACCGGACGUAGAAAGUUGUAAAAUGCUCAGCGGCGUCCUGUGAAGCUCCGGUUGCAGCUUAGUCGUCUGUUAGCUAUUCUCAGCUAAGGGACAGUAGCGUGGCGCAGUAUGUUUUUCUGGCGGCGUUCGCACAGACGUGAAGCUUUAGAGUGAAAGUAAAGCUGCCUGCUUGUACAUAAACCCCGUCCGUUCGCCGGCGCCACCUCAUCUGUACAUAGACUUCAAACAACAAGAAAAAAAACGACUCAGUAUGGUUUAAUGUUUGGUUUGUCUGGUUGUGUUACCUCUUGUAGGCUUUACCCCCUAAGCCCCACCCGCCAGAGCUGUCCUCUACAUUAUUUAUAAACGCACCCUGUGGGAAAGACUCCGCCCCCCUCAAACCUACGUUUUUGUAUAUUUUUCUCUUUUCUUCUUAUUGUUAUGAUUUAUCAUCCAGACACAUUAUUGUCCUUAUUGUUAUUCUAAUUAUUAUUGUUAUUGACUUUUUGUUGGCUGUACAGUACCGUUGUGGAAAAAUUUUACUUAAUACAGAGUCUUCUACUGUAAUGUGUCUCUUUUCAAUAAAGACAAGAAUAAUGCUUCUUAAUAUAA